UCGAGGCAGCGCCCGUCGAGGGAAGGGAGUCUGGCCCAGCGUAGGGACCCGCCGCGGGGAGGUAGCCCGCGGCCGGCGAUGGAGACGGAGGGGGGCUGCUGCCGCGCCGGGCCGUGAGUGCCGCGCACGGAACCUCGGCCGCUGGGGAACAUGGCCUUGGAGCAGAUCUGCUCGGUCCUCAAAGUGCUGUUAAUAACAAUACUUGUGGUAGAAGGGAUCGCUGUGGCCCAAAAGACUCAAGAUGGACAAAACAUUGGAAUCAAGCACAGUCCCCCAACUCAGUGUGGCAUUUGGGUUAGAACCAGCAAUGGAGGUCAUUUUGCUUCACCAAAUUAUCCCAAUUCCUAUCCACCAAACAAGGAGUGCAUCUACAUUUUGGAAGCUGCUCCACGUCAAAGAAUAGAGUUGACCUUUGAUGAACAUUAUUAUAUAGAACCAUCAUUUGAAUGUCGAUUUGAUCACUUGGAAGUUCGAGAUGGGCCAUUUGGUUUCUCUCCUCUUAUAGAUCGUUACUGUGGCAUGAAAAGCCCUCCAUUAAUUAGGUCAACAGGGAGAUUCAUGUGGAUUAAAUUUAGUUCUGAUGAAGAACUUGAAGGUCUGGGAUUUCGAGCAAAAUACUCAUUUAUUCCGGAUCCAGACUUUACUUACCUAGGAGGUAUUUUAAAUCCCAUCCCAGAUUGCCAGUUUGAGCUCUCAGGAGCUGAUGGAAUAGUGCGUUCUAGUCAGGUAGAACAAGAAGACAAAACAAAACCUGGACAAGCCGUUGAUUGCAUAUGGACAAUUAAAGCCACUCCAAAAGCAAAGAUUUAUUUGAGGUUCCUAGAUUACCAAAUGGAGCACUCAAAUGAAUGCAAGAGAAAUUUUGUUGCUGUCUAUGAUGGGAGCAGUGCCAUUGAGAAUCUGAAGGCCAAGUUCUGCAGCACUGUGGCCAAUGAUGUAACCCUCAAAACUGGAGUUGGGGUUGUCCGUAUGUGGGCAGAUGAAGGCAGUCGGCUUAGCAGGUUUCGAAUGCUUUUCACAUCCUUUAUAGAGCCUCCUUGCACAAGCGGCACUUUUUUCUGCCAUAGCAACAUGUGCAUCAACAAUUCCUUAGUGUGCAAUGGUGUUCAGAACUGUGCAUACCCUUGGGAUGAAAAUCAUUGUAAAGAAAAGAAAAAAGCUGGGCUAUUUGAACAAAUCACUAAAACUCAUGGAACAAUUAUUGGCGUGACAUCGGGGAUUGUCUUGGUUCUUCUCAUUAUUUCUAUCUUGGUGCAAGUGAAACAACCCCGGAAAAAGGUCAUGGCUUGCAAAACUGCUUUCAAUAAAACUGGCUUCCAAGAAGUGUUUGACCCUCCUCACUAUGAGCUGUUUUCACUGAGGGACAAAGAGAUUUCUGCAGACCUGGCCGACUUGUCGGAAGAACUGGACAACUUCCAGAAGCUGCGGUGCUCCCCCACAGCCUCCCGGUGCAUUCACGACCAUCACUGCGGCUCACAAGCGCCCCGUGCCAAGCAGGGCAGGACCAACCUCAGCGCCAUGGAACUUCCCUUCCAAAACGAUUUUGCACAACCACAGCCAAUGAAAACAUUUAAUAGCACCUUCAAAAAGAGUAGCUACACUUUCAAACAGGCACAUGAGUGUCCUGAACAGGCUCUAGAAGACAGAGUCAUGGAGGAGAUUCCCUGUGAAAUUUAUGUCCGAGGGCGAGAUGAUUCUGCACAGGCAUCCAUAUCCAUAGACUUUUAAUCCGCACUGAUGGUGGUAGGAAUCAGGAGCGGAUGUGUGCAGCCUAGAGCUCCAGUCUCUCUCAGCAGCCAACCCUGUUCUAGCAAAACUAAGAAGACCUUCAUUUGCCACUAGCAUAUUGUAAUGGUGACUUUAUCUCAGGCAGUUUAUAUGUGUUAUACCAACCAAGGAACUUAGUGUAUUUAGUGGGGAAAUUGACCAUCAUCUGUUGCUUGAUGCCAUAUGAACAAAGCACCACUAGUUAGCAGCUGAAGAGAAGAGUAAUACUGAGCUAGGCUCUGGCUCAGGUUCAGGCCCAGGCUCAGGCUAUUGAGUGAUAAAGCUCUAUCAAAUACAGCUUUGAUCACACAAUAGACUUUAAAGAUAAGCUUUUUUCAAUAGUACUUUUGGUUUACUUUUCUCUGAAUUUAAGUUGUUUUAUAUGCCUAGAAUUUGCCAUUUCCAUGCCCUAUCUAAGGCCAAUGGGUUAGUGUACCAUUUACAUCAAAAUAUAGCUGGUAACUGGGCUAAGUGCCAUUUAAGACUCACUUAUAUUUCAUUUCUGUCUACUAGUUGAUAUACUGUUGCCUUCUCAUUGUUGAAUCUUUAGUUCCCGUUUCAUGGGAAAAGUAGUAUAUGGUUACUCUCAUGAAAUCAUAUUUUGUCUUAGUUUUCUAGGAUAUUUCAUAAUCCAGGAAGGUAUGUACCAAUUAUCAGCCAUGACUAAAACUUUGAGGAAGAUGAUAAAAGCUUUUAUUAAGUCUUUGAAGUUUCCUAUAUUUGGUUACACAGUGGCUGCCCCAUUCAUUCCAGAACACAGGGUAUUUAAUGCAUCUUUGGGUCACUGGUCAUUGGGUUUAUUCGCAGUGAUUCUCACCUCCACAUUGCUGUUAUUUUUGCAAUAUGGUCAUUUCACCACCCUUGUAUUGGAUUACUUCUUUCUUGAAACAGUACAUUUUUGUAGUCUUACCAAAAAUAACAAUUUCAACUUUUUUUAAGCUGCAUUUCUGACCUUAUGAUUUUUAUGGUAUAUAAGAUAAUAAUUUAUAAACAUGAUAUUAAAACUCAUUGUGUUUUUUAAACUUUUGAUAUUAUUUGAUACUGUACAAAUUUUAUGAAAUCAAGAUUAAUGGCCUACAAGACAGAUAUCCUGAGUGCUCACAUACCAGCUUUGUACAUGAAUGUGCUCUGAGGGGGCUGUACAUUGUUGCUUAUUACUGAGGCCUAGGUCAUGUGUGCAUAAGCUUUCCUUUCGUUACUGUAGUCUGUGGUAAAUUUUUCACUAUGUAAUAUUUAUUGCUCUAAAUCACUACACAAGUCAUAUUAAACUCUACAUUGUCACAUGA